CGUUCGUUCACCAAGUCUUAUCGGAGCUUUAAAUCAUGGGCUCGGCAGACGUCGGCAAUAACUCAAGUUGCUUCCAGUUAACUGACUGACUUGCACACAAAAUGUUUGCUUUCCGACCUACGUCGGUAAAUCUGGGCGGUCUACUCUGGAAAACACCAUGGAAGCUGUCAAUCACGCGAAAAGCCAAUGCGCGUGCUCGUCUGAAGAAAGUCGACGCAGUCAUUGAAACAGUCAGAGCAAGUGGAAUACAGUGCGGCGCAUUGGAAAAGGCACUGCAGCUGCCCAAAGAGCACGAGAUGGAUCCCAAAGAUAAAUAUACGGUAUUCAGUGCGACUUCACGAGGCUAUCGCAAAGGCAUUCACAAAGUACCCAAGUGGACCAGACUUACACUAAGAGUCAACCCGAAGGGCUUUUAAACGAUGUGCUCCCUCUCAUUAUACAUAUAGAUUGUGUUAUCG